CCCGAUGAUCUCACUCGCUCCGCCUACCGCGAGAAAAGCGUCGAGGCCUUCUUCAACAUGUACAUUCCUGACGGCGGCGCGCACGGCUCUACUGCAGAGAUACUCCGGACGAACAGUUUCGUGAGCGUCCUGCCACUACUCUACGUCCGCGACGAAGCACUGCGCCUCGCUCUUCUAGCGGUCGGCACGGCGGCGAUGGGGAAAGGGAAGAAUCUGUACGGCCAGGGACUGCAGGAGAUGGGAAGGGCGUUGAGAGAUGAAAAGAGAGCGAGAAGUGAAGCGUUGCUGGUGGCGCCGCGGUUUAUGGGCAUGUUUGAAAUCCUGUUCGGCGCUAACGUUGAUCCGAAUCUGCAGGCGCGUAGUUGGCGCAGCCAUGCGGAAGGUGAGCUGGCGUUGAUGAAGAGUCGAGGGCCGGGCGCGUUUCGGGAGGGGAUUGCGCACCAGAUUUUCGUUGAGGGGAGGAUGGUACCGAUCAUUGCAGGCGUCCGCAUGAGAAGACGCACUCUGCUCAACGAACCGGAGUGGAAAACAAUCCCCCGGUCUAAGCACCCUAAGACGCCAAAGGAUACUCUGCUGGACGUUCUCGCAGACAUACCGGAGGUGAUGGAAUAUGCGGACUUGCUUUCCUCCUCCUCCUCCUCCUCCUCCUCCUCCUCUGGCGUCGGGAAUGACGAAUCGCGCAGAAACGCCAUUGCGAAAUGCCAACGCCUCGACGCUGAAUAGGGACCUCAUCUUAAAUCCAGAAACGGAGAGUCCAGUUCCCGUCACGUUUCCCAACCUUUCAAAGGCCCAGCUCUCGCUCUUCUACUGGACUACGUCCCUCCUGCUCUACCAAUCGCUUCACAUACUUCAUAGAUAACCGCCUCUUGAUGCCAUGCUCUCCUUAUCCGAAUAUGCUACGCCUUCAACUUUCGCUCGGUGCAUAGCGCGCUCGGUGUCAUACUUCUUUCACGAAUCGGCCGGCAUUUGGGGCGCGAUUAUGGUGGCUUUUCUGACCGGCUGUGCACUGUUGUAUUUCAGAGCAAGUGGAGUGCUGGAGGAUGAAGAGUAUGAGAAGCUGUUUUUUUUUUGAAUAGUAUGAGGACUGAAGCGGCU